GCCCAAAAACAAAAGGGGCCGAAGCACGUUAAACCAGAGAUUCUGGAAACGUCGCAAGGAUACAGCUCGUGGCAUCGCUCCUCAAGCAAGCAACUGAUCAAGCUCGCGUCCCAAACGGCAAUCAAAUCAAACCGGAGAAGAAAAUGGUGGUGAUCGCACCAGAACCUGAACCUGAACCUGAACCUGAGGAGGUCGCCGAGAAAACUUCAGAUGCUGCGCAAGCAUCCACCAGCCAUUCGACAGUGAAUGGGGACUCAGACGGCUUCGAGACAGCCAGCGAAGGCGACGUCGACGCCGAUGAUGCCGCUGGCGACGGCGGCGUUGACCCUACUCAACAACAGAAACCACGAGAAGGGAACGAUGCUGCGGUGGAACAAUCGACGUCUCAAAAGGACGAUUCUCAAAUCGAUGCGGCGGACGAUGAGUCGAAUCAGAUUGCCUUAGCACAAGCAAACGAAGCAAAGUUGGAAGGUAACAAACUGUUUGCCGAUAGUCAAUAUGAGGAGGCAUUGUUGAAGUAUGAGCUUGCCUUAAAGGUUGCUCCAGACAUUCCUGCGUCCGUGGAAGUAAGGUCUAUAUGUCAUGGAAAUCGUGCAAUAUGUCUAUUGAAAAUGGGUAAGUAUGAAGAUACCAUCAAGGAAUGCAACAAAGCAUUAGAACUGAACCCUACAUAUAUGAAAGCAUUGGUCAGGAGAGGUGAAGCUCAUGAGAAGCUAGAAAAUUACGAAGAAGCUCUCGCUGAUAACAAAAAGAUUUUGGAAGCGGACCCUUCAAACAAUCAAGCUAAGAAGGCCAUUCUCCGCUUGGAGCCACUUGCUGCAGAAAAAAGAGAAAAGAUGAAGGAAGAAAUGAUUGGGAAGCUGAAAGACAUGGGAAACUCUGUGUUGGGCCGGUUUGGGAUGAGCAUUGACAAUUUCAAAGCUGUUAAAGAUCCAAACACUGGCUCAUAUUCGAUCUCAUUCCAACGCUAGCCCAGUUUUUGGUGAUUAGCAAACGGUAUCAUUUUUCAUCUUAGAAGCCAGUGGAGAUGGAGAAGGAGGCGAGGAAGUAUAAUUCAUGAGCGGUGAUCCUUGCCUAAAAUGGACCAUGCAGCUACUUCAACCGAGCAUGAAAACAAAAAGUCGGCUACUUCAUGUACUUAAUGAUGAUGAUUUGAGAGGAAACUUCUGUUUUCAGUUAAUGACAUUGCUGAGUGUGAUUGGUAUAUGAAUUCCUUAGUCUUAUGAUAUUUCAUGUUUUUUAUCA